AUGGACUACAGUCUGCUGUGCAACAAUCUCAAAUGUAGAAGGGAGCUCCGCGAUAGAGCUCUUGUUACCACGUGCAGGCUAAUUUCCGUUGAAGACCAUAAGGCUAUUGUCCUUAGCGGGCUUAGUCCUGGUAUCGUGUUGGAGUGCGCCGAAAGAGCCCUCAACUUUUGGGCCUAUCAAAAGACGCAAGAGAUCUGCUACCAACAGCACGUUUAUGGGAUUUUGACUGAAAAGCAUUUAAAGCUGAAAUCUCAAUUCCAUCAGACUGUCACGGAGGCAAAUGCCGAGAUAGCGCGACUACAAACGAUAAUUGAUACUAACCGGACUAGGCACUACGAAAGAACACGAACGAGUGUGCCGCAGGAACGAAGAGCUAGUAGUUGCUCAUAG